AUGGCCAGAACCCAGCAGGGCCCCAGGCUGCUGCUGGCCAUCAUGGGGGCCCUGGUGGCCCUCACCUACCAAACAAGGAGGAAAACCUUCCUAAGUGUCAGCGAGGUGCCCGCGUCAGAUCCUGUCGUGGUGACCACCCUGGACUUCGUGACCAAGGACUUCAACAAGAAGAGCGAGGACCCGUACAACUUCCGGAUUGUGCGUGUCCUCAAGGUCCUGAAGAGGGUGACUGACCACAUGGAGUAUCGCAUAAACCUGGAGAUGCGGCGGACCAUCUGCCUCAAGAUGGAGGAGAACAACUGCUCCUUCCAGGAAGGGGAGCUCUACAAGAAAAUCGAUUGCUUCUUCUCAGUAUUUGUUAUUCCCUGGUUUGAAAAGUAUAAAGUUCUGGCCCGAAACUGCACGGAUGGCUAG